UGCCGAGGCCGGGCAACGCUCCCCGUCCGCCGUCCCCCGUCUCGCUCGCUCCGCUCGUCCGCCCCGCUCAGAGUCGCAUCUCCAUCUCGGACAUGGAUGGAUGUGCCUCCAGCCCCCGUCACCGCCUGGCGCCGUAGUGCAUCUGCCUCAGUCUCGCUCUCUUCUCGCCGGCGAAGUCACAAAGAUAUCUUGGUGCAGGAGGCUGAGAGUGCACGAUAGACGAAGAAACAAGCAAACCAAGAGAAGCCAUACUACACCGCGGCCCCUUUUGGCUCUGCUAUGGCAAGGAAUUUCAUGUUACAAUAUUUUCGCUGCCGGUCCUCCAGCUUCGCAUCCAGGUGCCGCCACCCCUCCAGCUCCGCAUCUAGGCACCGCCGCCCCUCCUCCUUUGCCGCUCCAUUCUUGUCGCUCGCUCCGCCUCCCUGUCGGCAGCACCGCCACCAUCCCUUCUGAGGUCUCGAUCUGCAGCUGCGCCUCCAACUCGGCCGUCUCUACGUCGGCACAUAUCUCGGCCAUCACUCCAUUUUCCAAGAACCACUCCUUGUUUCUGUUCCCCGGUUAUUCUUGGCCUAGGUGGUAUAGAGCACUGAGCAGUGCUGCAUUUUGGCCAAAAAAAUGAUCAGCGAUUGAUAUGGUGCUUUGCCAGUUACCGGCUUGAUCUUGAAUAUUCAGUUACAUGCCAUAGAUUAGCUUGCCCAUAUUGCUUACAUUUGAUCUAACUGCGGAUGUCAAUGAUAAUUCUUGCAUGAUCUUCUAGAGUUUGCUGCAGAGAAGAACAUACACUUCAUUUCUGAUAUGGCACUUACAAGCAGAAGAAGCAGCAAGAUGACUUACCAUGCUUUGACCGUAACCCCUGAAUUGCUGGUUGGCGGCACCAUGAGUGGUAACUACUACUGGUUGAUGGACAUCGCUUACCGGAUCUAUAUCAUUGACUGACGACAUGGUAUCUUGUAGUCCUGUAGAAGACAUCGCUUAUAGGAUCUAUAUCCUAGUCUGACAUGGUAUCCAACUGUAAAUUUUUUAGGUUGUUAUUAAAUUUGUAAUGGUGUUUGACUUGGUGUUUAUAAGUUGGGAGUGAUGCAAUGUACAAUUCGGUUGGAUACAACUGAAAACUUUUCAGGGUCGAUGUACAAUCGCCGGAAUGUAUAUAAUAAAUUUGCAUUUGUUGAUGGCAGUGUAUGGAAUGAUCACCA